GCAUGCGCAGUGAGGAUGUCAGGCUCCGCUGAUCCGCGCAUGCGCAGUGAAGACGUCAAUCUCCGCUCUGCAGCUGUAGUAAAGUUACUCUCGGAUCUUCCAGCACUCGUCAAAUCAAAACCUCUGAUCAGAACCGAACACUUGAACAUCUCUGCAGCGGCGGCGCAGUCAUGCGCGGCGGUCCCUGCAGGGUCUGGGCUCUGGCCCCGGUUCUUCGGCCCCGCUGGUUCUGUGGCCCCGGGGCCCGUAUAUGCGGGUUGCUGCGGUUCUCGAGCUCAGACUCUGUGUCCGUGGCUCUGCCUGCUCGUGCCCGAGUGGUCAUCUGUGGAGGAGGCGUCGUGGGCACGUCGGUGGCGUACCAUCUGGCCAAGAUGGGCUGGACGGAGAUUGUGCUGCUGGAGCAGGGCAGACUCGGAGCUGGCACAACCCGCUUUUGUGCAGGAAUCGUAAGCGUCGCCAAACCUCUGUCUAUUGAGAGUAAGAUGGCAGAUUAUUCGAUCGCACUCUAUGAGCGUUUGGAAGAGGAGACGGGCGUUAAAACAGGUUUUGUCCGGACCGGAUCUCUGUGUUUGGCUCAGAAUCAGGACCGGCUCCUGUCUCUCAAGCGUCUGGCGUCCAGACUGAAGGUUCUGGGCGUCAGCUGCAGCGUCAUCAAGCCCAGAGAUGUGUCCAGUCUGCACCCGCUGGUGAACAUUCAUGACCUGGUGGGAGCGCUGCACCUGCCCGGAGAUGGUGUGGUGUCCCCGUCGGAGGUCAAUCACGCACUGGCUGUGUCCGCCGCGGCUCACGGGGUGCAGAUGUUCGAGCACACCAGUGUUAAUCAUGUGGUGGUGAAGAAGGGCCACGUCUCGGCCGUGGAGACUGACCGCGGAGCCAUCGAGUGUGAAUACUUCGUCAACUGCGCUGGACAGUGGGCCUAUGAGCUCGGUCAGAGCGGCGAAGCCAAAGUGUCUGUUCCCUUACACGGCUGUGAACAUUUCUACCUACUUACCAAACCCUUACCUGAGCCCAUUCAGAACGACAGACCAGUGGUGAUAGACAUGGACGGACGGAUCUACGCUCGGGCCUGGCAUGGAGGGAUCCUGUCAGGUGGCUUUGAGAAGAACCCUAAACCCAUUUUCACUGAAGGACGCAACCAGCUGGAGAUUCAGAACAUGCAGGAAGACUGGGAUCAUUUUGAGCCCAUGCUGAGCGCUCUUCUGCGCCGGAUGCCCGGUCUGGAGGCCUGCGAGAUCCAGCAGCUGGUCAACUGCCCAGAAUCCUUCACUCCGGACAUGCGCUGCCUGAUGGGAGAGACCCCGGGCGUGGGCGGGUACUUCGUGCUGGCGGGGAUGAACUCGUCGGGCCUGUCGUUCGCCGGCGGAGCAGGGAGGUAUUUGGCCGAGUGGAUCACGUACGGAUACCCCAGCGCUAACGUCUGGCCUCUGGACAUCAAGCGCUUCGGGAAUCUGCAGAGCAGCCGUACGUUCCUUCGGCACCGCGUCAUGGAGGUCAUGCCGCUCCUGUACGAGCUGAAGGUUCCUCGCUGGGACUUCCAGACGGGCCGGCAGCUGCGCACCAGUCCUCUGUAUGACCGUCUGGACACGCAGGGAGCCCGCUGGAUGGAGAAACACGGCUUUGAGAGAGCCAAGUACUUCGUUCCAGCCGGGAAAGAUUUGCUGGCGCUGGAUCAGAGCAAGACUUUCUACAAGCCGGACUGGUUUGAUAUCGUGGGAGCGGAGGUGAAGUGCUGUAAAGAGGCGGUGUGCGUCAUCGACAUGUCCUCCUUCACCAAGUUUGAGCUCACAUCUGCUGGAGAUCAGGCCCUGCAGCUGCUGCAGAGACUGUGUGCCAAUGAUCUGGACGUUCCUGUGGGUCACAUCGUCCACACGGGCAUGCUGAACCCGAGAGGAGGCUACGAGAACGACUGCAGCGUCGUGCGGCUCAGUAAGAACAGUUUCUUCAUCAUUUCUCCCACCGAUCAGCAAGUUCACUGCUGGUCUUGGAUUAAGAAACACAUGCCCAAUGAUCCCCAGCUCCACCUGGAGGACGUCAGCUGGAAGUACACAGCUCUGAAUCUGAUCGGCCCUCGUGCCAUGGACGUGUUGUCUGAGCUCUCGUAUGUGUCCAUGACCCCAGAACACUUCCCCUCGCUCUUCUGUAAGGAAAUGAGCGUGGGUUACGCUAACGGCAUCAGGGUCAUGAGUAUGACACACACCGGAGAGCCGGGGUUCAUGCUGUAUAUUCCCAUAGAGUAUGCACUGCACGUGUAUAAUGAAGUGAUGUCCGUGGGGCAGAAGUACGGCAUCAGGAACGCUGGAUACUACGCUCUGCGCAGUCUACGGAUCGAGAAGUUCUUUGCGUUUUGGGGUCAGGAUCUGGACUCGUUCACCACGCCGCUGGAGUGUGGCCGGGAGUUCAGGGUCAAGUUUGACAAGGACACAGACUUCGUGGGCCGGGACGCUCUGCUUCGGCAGCGUCUGGAGGGUGUUUCUCGGCGCUUCGUGAUGCUGGUUCUGGAGGAUCACGACACGGAGCUGGACGUCUGGCCGUGGUGGGGCGAGCCCAUCUACCGCAGCGGGGAGCUGGUCGGAGUGACCACGAGCAGCGCCUACAGCUACACCCUCCAGCGCCACGUCUGUCUGGGCUUCCUGAGCCCCACCGGCCCCGACGGGGCCCCGGCGCCGGUCACCGCUGACUUCAUCAACCGCGGAGACUACGAGCUGGACAUCGCCGGACAGAGGUUCCCCGCCAAAGCCAAGCUGUACCCCUUCAGCUCUCUCUUCACGCAGCAGAAGCGGCGCAAGGACGACAUGGAGCUCAGCAACUUCCAGAGCAAGUAGAAGAUCUGAUCCUCAGAGCGUCACGGUGUGGGUCAGAACACGGCUGACUUAGAAAGAAAGUCUUUCUGUGUUUCUCACUCAACAGAAACUUUCUUACAGUCCGGUCCUGUUCUUCAUCAUUGUCACGGAAGUUUAAAAGUGAGGUUUAAAAUAAAGGGAUGUAUUUUUAUAUGGAUGUCAGAUUGGCUCCAGACAAUCAGUGUCCGUUUGCAGCGCUGGAUUUUAAUUGGAGAGAACGGAGUAACAUUUUCACAGCGUGUGUGUCUUCCUGCCACACUUUAGUGAUGAAACCAUCAUAUUAAAAGAGGGAUGUGCUAAUUAAGUGACGUUAAUGAGAAACACAUCCUCGAGCGACGCUUUCUAAAGUGCCUUGCAGCAUUGAGUGUGACGCACAGGAAGUCGUGUUUGUGAUUCUUUAUGCUCGUGUCUCAGUAAAGGCUGUGUUUAUUGUGUCGUCUGAACAGGAUAUCAUGUUUCUCUCUUGUUCUGAAUCACGUCAUCUUUUGGUUAAAAUGGUGUUAAGAUGUUUGGACAGUAUAAUAUUUCCAUCGUGCGUGCGCUCUCAUGUUAAAGGUUAUUUAAAAGCUUACAGUCAGAUCAUGUUUAAAUGCACUAAGGAUUGCACGGCGUGUUUCAAGAAGCAGAGGUGUGUUUGAAAGACACACAAACACCGAGAGCAGUUUCAUAAAAACAUGUUCGUGACACAGUUCUCUAUUUUUUUCUUUUUUUUUUUUUUGUACAAAAUAAAAUUUCUUGUUUCUUUAUUUUGACUUCGAGGUGAAAAAGAGUAAAGCAUUGCACACACUUCUAGUAAAUCAUUAAUGUUUAUCCACAAUGACUUUUAACUGCUCUCAUCUCUUGAUUAAAUGUUGUCCUGUGUGUGUGUGUGUGUGUGUGUGUGUGUGUGUGACUCAGGCGUUGGUUGUAACAGGGUUUCUGUGUAGAGAAUCUAUUGAUGUGUUUGAGAUCUGAUAGUCGUGGUUCAGAGCUGGAGAGAUCAGGUGUGCACUUUACGCUUCGCUUCUACCUGCUGUUUCUUAAAUGUCUGAUAAAUAUUACAGGACUAUUAUACAGUAAAUCUGAUCCUUCUGCUCGUCUUUGUAUUUAUAUCAUCAUAGUGUACAAAUGUUUGAUUCAUUUUCAUAAAAUAUAUAAUGAAGGUUUGACUCAUUUCGAUUCAUA